AUGGACUUAGAAUCAUUUUGUAGAGAUAAAAAGGGUAGGAGGAUUAUUAAGCGUAAUUCCCUGUAUAAAGACCCAGAUUUAUUUAAUAUUUAUCUUGAAUCUAAUAAUAGAUUUGGGCAGAGAUUUCAAGGUUGGCUGAAAGCAGGAGAAGGGGCAAACACUGUUGAAGUAUGUUGUAACACCAAUAAAAAACAAAAUAAAGUUCAAAAGAAACUUGGUGAGAUGCUUGCUAAACCUGUACAAAUAACAAAAGCUGAAAGAAUGAUGGAGAAAAUGGGUUGGCAAGGUGGUGCACUAGGCAAACACGGUGAGGGUAUAAUUGAGCCCAUUGCACCAAAUGCUUCUUAUGCCACAACAACGGUUGGGCUUGGGCGAAAUGAAAAAAGACCAAAAAAUGAGCUCAAAAAUAAGAAGAAUGUCAAAGAAAACUUUGAUACUAAUGUUCUGCUUCAUAUUUUAGAAUUUGUUAAAUGUGAUUUAGAACAUGAAAUUGUUUUUGAAUGUUGUUUAUGGAAGAAAGAGAGGAAAUGGGUGCAUAAAAUAGUUGAAGCCCUAGCAAGCAAUGCUGAUGCAAGAGUGAAGGUGUUGUUCCAAAUCGUUUCUUAUGUUUAUAUAAGGAAGCCCCAGAAAAUAUGUAUU